UGUUAUGGUUAUGAUGAUUUUUCUUUAGCCAGCCAUGGCAGAGAGGUGUUAGACACUCCGCCGCUUCCUGAUCCCGCUGGCUCCUCCCCGCUUCCCUCAGCAGCUGAUCCUCAGCUGCAGCCCGCGCCUCCCGGCCCGGCUCUAGCGUGGCGCCGCCGCCGGUUAACUCGCUGCUGGAGCGGCGCGGGGGACAGACACGCUGGGCCCCGCGGGGGGACGGCAACGAUCGCCACUCCAAGGAUCUCCUGGGGCAAGGACACAUUCGCCGCUGCGGCGACUUGCAGGGGGCCGGACACACUCGCCGCUCCGGGGACCUUUUGGGGGAAGGACACGUUGGCCACUCGGAGGACCUGCCGGGAAACGGUCGGAGGAGCCGCGGGAGGACGCGUCCCGCCGCCGCUCAGCCGACCCGGCUGAGUGACCUGUGCCGCCAGCGGCCCCGCGGCGGGCGGGCAGGUAGGCAGGUGCUCCCGUGGAGCGGUGAGUGGGAGUGGAGCGCUCCGGAGCUACGGUCGGCCCGCCUUGAGCCUACGGGCGGGCAAUGCAUCGGAGGGAAGAUGAGGGGGGAAAUAGUUCAAGUGUGGGGGCGGUUUGCGGUGGGGCUUGUCCUCUGUAAAUGCGGAGUGAUUUCUGCGGGAAUUCAAUGCAUUCUGGCUUUAGAGUUUAGUUUGGAGUUUUUGUUGUUGUAGUUGUUUUCUCUACGAUAGUUAUUAGGGGGCCGGUCGGGCUUUCAUAUCUUGCUCUUUCCUGCUCCUUCCCGAGCAACACAGAAAACAGGAGGGUAGCCCCAUCACAAUAGACCUUUCUUCAGCCCUGCUGGAAGUACAGAUGAAUUGUCUUCUCUUACCCUGCAGUGUCAACUAAACCCCAAAACGCAACUGGCUAACCAGGUGGAAGAGAUCUGUGUUGUCCUUCACUGUUUAACAAUACCCCAACCUUUACCUUACUAGAAUAUCUUACUAUAUGUGCUUAAAAGAAUAUAUUUUCUCUUUCACAGGACCCUCUACCUCUCAGGUGUCGUCUAAUGCCAUGUCAGGCAACAGAGUGUCAUUCAAAUAGUGAUGUCCGUGAGGCACUGCACAGAGCCCCAGUCCCACCUUGCAGCAUCUGAUUGCAUGCUGCCUGCACACAAAAUGAGUAGCUUGAAACUUUCAGGUCAGUGUUUCCCCAUGGCACCAGUACCUAGGGAAGAUACAGGUUUCAGAAGGUGAGAGGAAUUAGCCUGACAAUCCUGGCCAUCUUUAUGUAGCACUGCACCUGCUGGGAAUUAGCAAUCUUCAAACUUCAAAAUAAGCAGAGGGGAAAACCCUACCUGACAUAACCUGUGAUGUGGCAAGGUGACAGACUACUGUUAAACUGCUGCCAUAUUCUGGUGACAGCUUUUCUAUAGAAAUAUAAAUUAUUUCAUUGUAGAAAGUCAGUUAAAGUGCUUCGUGUUUCCUCUUGGUUAAGAUUAUAGAAAGAGCAUCAAAUCCUGCAUAAACCAAGCUUUUUAUUUGACAGCACUAUAGCCUUAAUUUUUACACACAACAUAAGUAAAUAAAAAGCUUUCUCUUCUAAUUAGGAAUAAAAAAAUAAAGAGCGUAAGAGGUUACAUUAACAGUGUUAACAUUAACAAUUAACAAUGCUUCACAACUGAAGUGAAAACAGAUCAGUUAAUCUCUUCAAAUCUGAACUGUACACAAAGGUUUUUUCUAGUUACAGUUGUUGAUGGUCAACUUCUACAAUAUAACAUGUCUAGCCACCCUCAAUACAGAGAGGCAAAGAAGCUGUCCAUCAUGCUUAGCUAUCUAAGCUAUAGAUAUCUAAGAUAUCUUAGAUACCUAGAUCAUGCAUGUCUAUCAUCUUAGCUUCAGACACAGGUAAGUUUCAGACAUUGCUAUAAAAUCAUAUUUUAUAGCUCUGUUGCUUGCAUGCCAUGACAUUCUUCACCAUUAAAAUUAUAUCAGAAACUGUUGCUCACUUCUAAAUUCCCAACAUGUGGUUAAUUUUUUACCCUUUCCUAAAGUAUUGUUUCAGUUGAAUAUCUUUGAGUAUUUUUGGUUUCUAUACUGAAAUAAAUAUGCAAUAUAAUAAAGUCUCCAGUGCUUUUACUUCACGUUCUGGAUCCAGUCUCUAGGAAAGCUGUGUACUUACAUUGUUUUGAAUAGAAAUAAAACCAAUUCCAGGAUUUUUAAGGAAGAUUUAAUUGAGUUUGCUUUUGUUUUGUUGGGUUAUUUUGGAGGUUUGUUUUGGGGGUUAGUUUUUUUGGUUUUGUGGGUUUUUUAAAAUCACAUUUCUAAGCAGUCAGAAUUUAAAAGAAAAAUAAUAGCAGACUGCCACUUUGUUCUUCUCAAUGACAUGACCAUAUAGGUUAAAAAACUGUACUGGUAAGCAUUCUUUUCACUCUCUGAUUCCUUUCUUUGAAUUAAUUUUGAAUAUAACACCUAAGAAAGUUUUCAUAGCCUAUACAGGUAAUAUCUUCCCUGGAAAAUAACAGCUUUCUGUGUUAAUAAAGCCAGAGUGCUGUUAUCUCUCCAAAGAACACACAAUGUUGUCCUGAGCCAUACUGAAGUAGCAUCAGCGAAGCAUCUUCGACUACUUUAACAGGAACAUUCUGCAGCUUGCAAUGUAAUUCAUGUACUGACAGUAGUUAGUCAAACAGACCAAGCUUCAUCAAGUUGCUGUUCUGGGGGACGUGUUAGCAUGGGGGGUGCUAUACCGAGUCUGGUUGUCACAGACCAAAUUGGAUUGAGCCUGACCAGACUCAAAGGGCACAGGAAGCCAGAGUCUGUCGUACAUACUGCUUGAGCUGCUUAAUUCUGUAGGAUGUUGUAGUCUCCUCCAUGUCUCAAAAGCAGCAUGAAAUCAAGCACAACAAAUAUUUUGACAGAAAUUUCAACAAGUGGGCAACAGAGUGGAGGAGUCAACUGGAAAGGAAAUGGGAGAUAAUGAACAGGGUGGUGACUUGCUGUAGAUACCCUUGGAAAUUAAGUUAAGUAAGUAAUAUUUGAUGCAAUACAGAGGAGGGAACUAGGAAUCCUUCAAACAGAGAAGUUAUGUUGUUAGAGUAAUGAUCUGUGUAAACAAUCUUGGGUUGCAGUUUGAGAGUUGUUAAUUCCAAGGCUGUGCAGAACCCAGUCUCUCAGCAGUACUAAAUUGAUCUGGAUGAGGUAUGGCCAUGGUGUCCCAUUGCUCUCAUAGAUUCUGUCCAUGCUACAGAAUUUUUGUUCCGCCUCUGGAAGGACUGACAAUAACUGAUUGGGGUUUACUACGUGCUGGUACAAAGUUAUUCCUUCAACAUUUUUUCUGAACAAAUUUUAAUUGGGAGAAUCAGUUAAAUUACAUUAGUUGUUUCCAUUUGAUGGCUGUAGUGUUUUUGAUCAUUAAUAGGAGGCCUACAGUCGGCUUUUCUCUGUUGUCAGACUGCGACAUUUCCAGUGGUGAGUGGCUGUUGUGUUAGGAGCUGUGUUGGUUAAUGCUGGAGGGGAGGUAUUAGGGCAGUCUUUGUGUAUAAACAAGACAACAAGGGUCUUAGCUGCAAAGAUGGAUCAAAGGGCUGUUUUGGAUAUACCCUGGGUGCUAGGAUCUACAAAGGCAUUUCAGUCAGACCUGACACCUGACAGUUGACAAAUGAGCUUGAGUGACAGGUAAAUUGGUGAUGCUAUCCACAGACACUCACAAAGAAGAUAAUAAGAGGGCUUUUAGGGAAGAGGUCUUGCUCUGCUGAGCUCUAAUUUCCUGCUAGUCAUUCACAGAAGGGAGAAGACGACUGUGUUCUGAGUUUGGGUAGUUUGUAUUUGAAAUACAAAUAAAUAAAUAUCUCUCUGCAGAUGAUUUAUGGAUCUGCUCCUUUCCCACAGCUAACUCAGAGAUAAUGUAGGAGAGUAACAGAAGACCAAAAAUACAGCUCUCUGAGUAUCUGUCAAACUCUAGGAAGAAAGUCUUAAAUAGAAACAUAGAUGCUGGAACAAAAUAGCAAACAAUAUAUGGAAGCCCAAGCACGUGCCAUUAAGGCCAUAACACCUCACUCCUGCAGAAGCAAGAACAAGAGAGGAGAAACACCACUCUUACAGCAUGGCCAUGAUGAAAUCCCACAAUGCCAUUUUGAGAGGGUGAAGUGAAGGAGGAGAAAGGGUAAUAAGAAAUGGCCAAGCAAACAGCUGUAACGAUUACUUUGGCGACCCUGCUGGGUGUUGCACUGGGGGGCCUGGUUUUGUGGAAAGCAACCCAGUGUCGGAAAGGAAAAACACGCUGUAGUAGUCGACAAGAGGAAGCAGCAGUAAAGUCAGGAGAUGAGAAACUCAUUAAGGCAGAGGAGAAGAAGGUGCUUUCCUUCUUCAGAUCGCCCACCUUUUUCUGGAUAGAGAGGACCCUUGGUGCAGACAUAGUGAUGGUUUCAAAGCAGGAGGAGUGGGAUCAUGUAGAACCAUUGCUGAAGAAGGAGCUGGAGAAGUGGCCGGUUCUUGGAAUUGACUGUGAGUGGGUAUCUGUGGAUGGAAAAGCAAAUCCUGUAUCUCUGUUACAGAUGGCUUCUUCCAGUGGCCUCUGCAUUCUUGUUCGGUUGCGCAGGCUUUUUGCCAGUGGCCAGACUCUUCCAAAGACCCUGUUGGACAUCAUGGCAGAUAGUGCUGUCUUGAAAGUUGGGGUAGGAUGCUGGGAAGAUGCUUGCAAAUUGUUUCAUGAUUACGGUCUUCCAGUCAAAGGGAGCAUGGAUCUCCGGUAUUUAGCCAUGAGACAGCGGAAGGAUCUACUUCACAACUGCCUUAGCCUUAAGUCUUUAGCUGAAAAAGUACUGAACUUCCCACUUGACAAGUCUCCUCAUGUGCGUUGCAGCAACUGGGAAGCAGAAGAACUGACACAAGAUCAGGUUUUGUAUGCUGCUAGGGAUGCCCAGGUCUCCGUGGCUCUGUUCUUCCAUUUGCUGGGAUUUACCAGCCUCCCUGCUGCAUCUGAAGGUGAAAACUCUGUCACUGCUUGGGAGAAAGCACGGGGUAAAUGCCACGGCUUGGUGGAUGUCCCAUUUAGAGGAAGAAAGAGUGGCAGCACAGGAGAGGAGAAGAGUGGAGAGGGACGUUCCCCUCAGAAAACAAAGAGGAAGCCUUGGGUGAAUGGCCAGCCCUCUGGCAAUCAGCAAAUGAGAGAUCCACGGAGGCAGAAGCGAAAGCCUCUGGGUGUGGGAUACUCUGCACGAAAAUCUCCACUGUAUGACAACUGCUUCCUGCAUGCACCAGAUGGACAGCCCCUGUGCACUUGUGAUCGCAAGAAGGCUCAGUGGUAUUUGGACAAGGGGAUUGGAGAGCUAGUCAGCACAGACCCUUUUGUUGUGAAGCUGCGGUUUGAGCCUUCAGGACGUCCCGAGUCUCAAGUGGAUUAUUAUCUGACGGUCAAAGAAAACCUCUGUGUUGUAUGUGGCAAGCGAGAAUCCUAUAUCCGGAAGAAUGUUGUUCCUCACGAGUACCGAAGACACUUCCCCAUCCAGAUGAAGGACCACAACUCGCAUGACGUGCUCCUACUCUGCACAUCCUGCCAUGCCAUCUCCAAUUAUUAUGACAACCACCUCAAGCAGCAGCUGGCCCAGGAGUUUGGGGCUCCGAUCGGCUCUGAGGAAGGUGUGCGUCUCCUGGAGGACCCUCUGCGCAGGCAAGUGCGCUCAGGGGCGCGAGCCCUGCUGAAUGCAGACAGCCUGCCGGACCCUCGAAGGGCAGAGCUGCUGCAAAGCAUCAAGGACUUCUGUAACACAGACACAGUCACUCCAGAGAUGCUCCAGGCAGCAGCUGGUCUGGAAACCAGGAUCUGCAAUGAGAGCUACGUGCCACAUGGACUGAAGGUGGUGCAGUGUUGUGCUAAAGGAGGCCUGCGCUCUCUUAUGCAGCUGGAAAGACGCUGGAGGCAGCAUUUCUUGGACAGCAUGAAGCCCAAACACCUCCCAGAGCAAUGGUCAGUGGACCAUAACCAUGUGAAGUUGAUCCAAAAGUAUGGGGAGGAUCUUCAGAUCAAGCUGUCAUGAAAUUAACUUCCUGGACUCUGCAUAAUGUCUAAUGGACAUGUGUGACUGAAGAUGGAAAGACUGUUAUUUCUAUGUCUCCACUAACACCUCGGGCUUGGAUUUGCAAAAGGGCAGCAGUAGAUCUGCCAGAUUUGCCAGUUAGAGUUAAAUUUGACAGUUUAUAGACUUAAAUCCAAUGACUUGAGCUUUCAGGUGGUUUGGAAGUUUAAUCUUUGUCACUUAUUAGUUCAAGAGUGAUAUGAUAAAGAAGCUUGUCUGCUCAAAGUGACUGAAGAAUCAUUUUGUAGCCCACAGGAUGUCUGAUGUCUCCAGGCCAUCUCUCAUAAUAGAGUGAGUCCAGAGAAAGGCAACAAUAGCACAAUACAUGUAUGUUUCUAGAUUUUGUGGCAUACACUUGUGCCCUUGGCUUUACCUUGAGGGUCUUCUUGAUAAAAAUCUUUCUUUGUUUUCAGUGCAGUUGUACUCAUAAGAGUUCUUCCUAGAAAAAGCCCUCUUCCAGAGGGAGAUUCCUUGUUUGGAAGAAGCAAACCAACCUUAUUUUUUUGCAGAUUCUGAGCUGUUUCAGCUUUGUAGAUAAGCCUAGCAAGUUUCCUGGUGAGAGGAACCUGAUGAGAAGUGUGCUCACAUGCGCAGGGCUGUUACAGAGGCAGGGUGGCAUAACUCUGACUGGAGUGUUGGAAUGGAAGUGUCUUGGUUUAAAAAGACAGGUAUCUGCUAAGGAAGGCAGGAGCCUCUCUUGGAAUGGAAAAUGUAAGCCCUGAUAAAAACACAGUAAAACAAAAAAAAGCCCAAAACACUGACAGAGUCAGAAUACAACCUGACACUCAGUCAGGGUGUUGGUAGCAGUCUGAUUAGAUAGUGGCUGCAUUCCUCCUGGAGUGACAAAUGUGUUUCUGUUGAAGCAGUGGUCCAGAAGGGUGCAGUUUUCCUCUGAAGGUCCAGUGGUGAUGCAGAUGGGCCUGGUCUUGCUCUGGGAAUCCAGUGGAAAAAGGCUGCCCUAAUGUCCCAAAUCUCAUAUUUUAUCUAGAUAGGAAAUGCUUGACUCCACCCCCUGGGUGGAGCAAUUCACAAUGGGAUGAUGUACUUUUAUUUGUCAUACAGUGGAACUCAGUGGCCCAUUAACAGAAGAUAUCUCCCUGGACAAGGGGUGGGUGCUGGAAGAGAUAAAGAAAAGUGCCCCAUCUAGUUUUAACAUCUGGCCCAUUAACAGAGGCUAUUCCCCCGGAGUUAUGAGGGAUGGGUCAUGGAAGAGGUAAGGAACACUGCUCCACCUUGUUUCAACGGAUGGUGAUAGAAUCCUUCUGGUUACAUCUCAAAUUGCAACCUAAGGCAGGUAGGAUACAGGCUCUUUAGGAAGAGCAGGCACUGGAGGCAAGGAGGUGUUACCUUCUAUGUCAAUGAUUGGUUGGAGUCCAUGGAGCUCUAUCUGGAGUGCACGGAGCUCAGCCUAGGGGUGGAUGAGGAGUCCAUCAAGAACUUAGGAGUCAGGAUUAAAGGGAGGGCAGGGACAGGUGACAGAGGGAAUCUCUGAAUAGCACUUGGUGAGUACCUUUUCAUAUCAGACUGAAAUAAGGACAGGUGUCUUAAAAGGGAUGAGAGGAAACAAUUUAAAUUAAAGACCAGAAGCUUUUAAGAGAUCUGACCACAUGUGGCAAAAAAUGGAAAAUCUGAUGUUCUGCACCUGGAUUUGACAUGUGUGGUGAUGAGCAGGUUAUACUCUCUUCAUGCCUGUUUCUCUGUCUCUAAAAUGGGACUAAUAAUACUUAACUAUCUCACAAAGGUGUUGUGAGGCUUAAUUAAUUAAUGUUUUUGUAAAAUGCUUUGCAAAUAUAAGCUAGUGUAUGCUAAUUAUUGUUUUUUAAGAUGUGCUGCUAACUUCCUUAAAUAUUCACGUUUUUUGUCUGAUGCUAGAUCUUAGUUAAAAAUAACUUUUUAAAAAUACACACUCUUUUCUGUAAAAUUCCUUUUGAUGAUUUUGAUCGCAUGAGGUGAAUGUGCUUCUACUGAAUGAUGAAGCUAUGCUCAAUUUUUAUACGUCUCUGUAAAGAAGUUUCAGUAAAACUCUUAUCUUCACACUGCUGUGUACAGUG